GUUUUGUGAGCCACCUCUCUCUUUUCCUUUCAUUUUCUUCCACUGAGUCUAGUAUAAAUUCAUGCUCUUAGCUACUCUGUUUUUGUUAUCUGAACUGAACCCACCUGCAAAAACCAUGGCUCUGUUUCUCUCACUCUGCCUUGUGUUCUUCUCUAUCGUCUGCAGCUCUGCUUCUGCAACUCUUCCUCCAUAUCUUGAUGGGCUUCUUCCAAAUGGGGACUUUGAGAAAGGGCCCAAGGCGUCAAAUCUGAAGAAGACAGUGAUAAAAGGGAAGCACUCACUCCCGGACUGGGAGAUCAAGGGCUUGGUGGAGUAUGUUUCAGGUGGGCCGCAGCCAGGUGGGUUCUUCCUGGCUGUUCCUCGUGGGGUACAUGCAGUGAAGCUUGGGAAUGAGGCUUCGAUCUCUCAGAAUGUUCGAGUGAGGCCUGGCUUCAUCUACUCGCUCACCUUUGGGGCCACUAGGACUUGUGCCCAAGACGAGGUGUUGAGGGUGUCCAUCCCUGGUCAAUCGGCAGAUCUCCCUAUCCAGACUCUGUAUAGUACUGAUGGUGGAGACACCUAUGCUUGGGCUUUCAAUGCCACCACAGAAGUUGUCAAUGUCACAUUCCACAACCCUGGGAUUCAAGAGGAUCGCACCUGUGGACCCCUGUUGGAUGCUAUUGCAAUUAAGCAGAUGCCACCUCUCAAGCUUACCAGAGGUAGUCUAGCUAAAAAUGGAGGAUAUGAAACUGGCCCACACGUGUUCAAGAACUUCUCGACUGGGGUCCUCCUCCUUCCCAAGCAACAAGACCUGAUCUCACCACUCCCUGGAUGGAUCAUUGAGUCCCUCAAACCAGUGAAAUACAUAGAUUCAAAGCACUUCUCAGUCCCCUCAGGACUUGCUGCAAUUGAGCUGAUUGGAGGGAGAGAAAGUGCCAUUGCCCAGAUCAUAAGGACAGUGCCCAACAAAUCCUACAACCUCACAUUUAACAUUGGAGAUGCCAAGAAUGGCUGCCAUGGAUCCAUGACGGUCGAGGCUUUUGCAGCUAAGGAAACUGUCAAAGUCCCCCAUGCGUCUCAAGGCAAGGGUGAGUUCAAGGCUGCAAGUCUCAAAUUCAAAGCACUUUCAGCUAGAACAAGGAUAACAUUCUACAGUGCCUAUUACCAUACCAAGCUUCACGACUUUGGUCAUAUGUGUGGCCCUGUUUUGGAUGAUGUUAGGGUCUAUCCCGUCUCUUAAAUUAAUGUAAUUUGUCCUUUUGAAUCGACUAGAUUUUGCAGUGGUUCAAAGUUCAAACUUAAGUGUUUUGUAACGAUAAUAUGAUAUGGGUGUUUUUUACCUUUUCCAAAAGUAAAGGUUAUCAUGUGAUUAAUGCUUUUGAUUAAAUAAAAUAAUAUUCUGUUA